AUGUCCAUUCUAGACUUGCUUUCUACUAAAUCCAUACAAGUGCACAUUAUGUCCUUGCCUAUACAUUGUGCAGCAUUAGUCAACAGAGAUGCUCCUCACAUGUGUCCUGCUGGAUGUGGAAAGUCAUUUGCAACAGCUUAUGCUGUCAAUGCCCAUCUUGGCUCUGCAAACAAAUGUCUAUGGUACCACAAAGGGAAGCUACAAGCACUCACUAUCCCACAGUCAGAAGAAGAUCUUGAAGAAGCCAGUGGAUUAGACAUGUUGAUAGAUGAUGAUGGGGAGGAGGAGACAACUGGAGAUGUCAAGGAGAAGCUUGGCUUGUCAUAUCAUAAUAUAUGUGCAUUACACAAGAUUGUCGACAACAACAUACCAGCCAGGGCUGAAUGGAAAUCAACUAUGAUCUCUUUUCUGGAUACUCCUGACAACACACACCUAAUCCAGUACCGUGAUGUACUGUCAGCUAUCAGAACUCUCCUGGGAAAUCCAGCCCAUGCUGAAAAUAUAGUCUAUUGUCCCAAUAAGGUUUUUACAGAUGCAAGUAGAGAUUCAAGCAUAUACCAUGAGAUGUGGACAGGGAAGUGGUGGCAUGCUAUUCAGGCUCGUCUACCAUCUGGGGCAGCCUUGGCGCCUGUUAUCAUUGCAACAGACAAAACCCAGCGCACACAAUUCUCCGACUCUAAAUCAGCUUAUCCUGUCUAUCUCAUAUUGGGAAGCAUACCCAGAGCCAUAAGACGCAAGCCAAGCCAACAUGCUUGCAUUCUCAUAGGAUAUCUGUCCGUCAAUAAAGUUAGGGGAUCUCAGCUUACAGCAAAAGCAAAGUCAUCAAGAGUUCAGCGUCUAUUCCAUGAGUCUAUGAGCGUUAUACUAGAACCUUUGAAGAAGGCUGGCAUUGAAGGGAUGGACAUCACUGGGGGUGAUGGGGCUGUUAGGAGAGUUCAUCCUGUUUUGGCUUGCUACAUUGCAGAUUAUGCAGAACAAUGUCUAGUGACAUGUACAAAGUACGGCACUUGUCCCAAAUGCAAAAGGCCUGCUUUUGAGCUUUCAGAAUCUACUCCUGGAGAGCCACGUACACAGAACUGGACAGAAGAAGUCAUUCAGAAUGCUAGAGCUAACACAGAUUCCUUCAAUCAAUUCCAAGAGAGAUGCAAGGAUAACAAUGUCUCCGGUGGUGUUUACGAGCCAUUCUGGCUUAACUUCCCUCAUUGCGACAUUCAUUUAUCUGUUUCCCCCAACAUUCUCCAUCAACUAUACCAAGGUGUCUUUAAGCAUAUGGUGAACUGGUGCAAGGACCUUAUGGAUCCCAAGGAGUGUUACGAUACACAAUUUUCGGACUUACAAACUUCUUUUCUCCGUCCUAACUUUCUUUUCUCAAAGAGUUCUCACGCACUCAAGCCACACGGCACUUCCCUUUUGUUCAGACUUUUACUUUCUCGCGCCGCACUGCUUUUCUUUAUUUAUAGCUACAAAUCUCUCACGCAGUAG